AUGAAUUGCUAUUAUCAUAUUCAUAACCAAGUCACAACCAUAUGCAUAGCUCCUCAUUAGUUUUAAUGCUAAAGGAAACUUUGCGCUGAAUGCCAAGAUGAACAUGGUGUGGAUGCUCAACACAUGGUUUCAAUUAAGAAAUUUAAACAAAUGGUUAAGCAGAAAUUAGGAGAUGCUCAGCUUGAUUAAAAGUAUCAAAUAGCAAGCCAAAAAGCGAAAUUUAAAUCAGUGAUUUCUUCAACUCAAAAUAUGCUGAAAUAAUUUUGGGAAGAGCUAUCGGAAGCAAUAAGAUGGAUAUAUGAAGAGAUUGAGAUAGAGGUGAACUCUUUUAAUAAUAUCAUAAACGAAGAUGUGAAUCCGACAGAAUUGUCAAAUACUGAAAUAGAACAAUUAGUUUAAAUGGGUCAUAGGAAAAACAUUAGAUGUUAGGAAAGAUUUGAAAAAUUCUAUUCUGUAAAAGUUAGAAAAGAUGUUGAAUUUUCUAAACAAUGA